CAAGUUACAACUUUUGAUCUAUUUAAGCUUUUUUCAAUGCAUAUUAGUGUGGUUGUUAAAUAGUAGCAACUUAAUAUAUAUAGUAGCAGUUUUUUUUUCAAUAUAUAAGAACUUAGACUAUAAAUUAACCUAUUAUUAAAUAGUAGCAAAUUAAUAUAUAGCUAAAAGUAAAAAUAUAUAAUAAAUGAAUAAUACAAAGACUGGCCAAAGAAAACGAUAAGUUAAAGAAAUUAAAUAUUUAUCUUUUAUUACGUCGUUCGCUGGACUGAUAUGGUCGGAGCCACAACUUGUGUUCUGUAUAGAUUAUUAUUGUCUCAUCCUAUAUACUGUAUAGAUAGCUCCUAUAAAUAACAGGAACUCACACAUCAAAAACAUAAAAUUCAAACUACCAAAAGAAGAAACAAAGAACUCCAAAAAUGGAAAUUCUAAUUGCAUCUUUCUUUCUAUUUCUAAUAUUAGGAAUUAUCCUAAUCUUCUCAUUUUCAACAAAAGCCCUAAAGAAACAACAAACCAAAUCCUCCUACAAGCCGACUUCGUAUCCACUCAUUGGCUCUAUCCUCUCCUUCAACAAGAACCGCCACCGUCUCCUCCAAUGGUACACCGAUCUCCUCCGUCUCUCUCCCUCUCAAACCAUCACCAUCGACCUCCUCUUCAACCGCCGCACCAUUGUAACGGGUAACCCCGAAAACGUCGAGCACAUUCUCAAAACAAACUUUUGUAACUUCCCUAAAGGCAAACCUUUCACCGACCUCCUCGGAGACCUACUCGGCGGUGGAAUCUUUAACUCUGACGGCCAGUUAUGGAGCUCGCAGCGUAAACUCGCUAGCCACGAGUUUACAAUGCGUUCACUUAGAGAGUUUACUUUCGAGAUCCUCCGUGAAGAAGUCGAAAACCGCCUCGUCCCGGUUCUUUCCUCCGCCGCGGACUACGACGGAGGAAGGACGGUGGAUCUUCAGGAGAUUCUAAAACGUUUUGCUUUCGAUGUGGUUUGUAAAGUUUCUUUGGGUUGGGAUCCGGAUUGCUUGGACUUAACCCGACCUGUUCCAGCUUUGGUCGAAGCAUUUGACGUAGCGGCGGCGAUUAGUGCUCGCCGCGCGACGGAGCCGGUCCACGCCGUGUGGAAGUUAAAGCGUUUGUUGAACGUGGGGAGCGAAAGGAGGCUUAGAGAAGCGAUCAAGACCGUACACAUGUCCGUGUCUGAGAUCAUACGUGCCAAGAAGAAGAGUCUUGAUAUCAGUGGUGACUUGUCAGACAAGCAAGACCUCUUGUCUAGGUUUCUCGCCGCCGGCCACGGCGAAGAAGCCGUGAGAGACUCGGUGAUCAGCUUUAUCAUGGCGGGAAGGGAUACAACGUCGGCGGCGAUGACGUGGCUGUUCUGGUUGUUGAGUGAAAACGGUGACGUGGAGGACAAGAUUCUCGAAGAAGUGAGGAACAAGGGAUCUUUAGGGUUAGGGUUUGAGGAUUUGAAAGAGAUGAGUUACACGAAAGCUUGUCUCUGCGAAGCAAUGAGGCUUUACCCACCAGUGGCGUGGGACUCAAAGCAUGCAGCAAACGAUGACGUUUUACCAGACGGAACACGUGUUAGAAAAGGCGACAAAGUUACUUAUUUCCCUUACGGUAUGGGAAGGAUGGAGAAAGUGUGGGGUCAAGACUGGGACGAGUAUAAACCGAACCGAUGGUUUGAGGAAGAACCAAGUACUAAACCGUUUUUGAAAAGUGUGAGCUCGUUCAAGUUUCCUGUUUUCCAAGCUGGACCAAGGGUUUGUAUAGGGAAAGAAAUGGCGUUUACGCAGAUGAAAUACGUGGUUGGUUCGGUUUUGAGUCGGUUUGAGAUUAUACCGGUUACCAAGAAUCGGCCGGUAUUUGUUCCUCUCCUUACGGCUCACAUGGCUGGUGGGUUAAAGGUGAAGAUCAAGAGGAGAGAGCAUUAGUAAUAAUCCGAUUUACUCAAAUCAAUAAUUCGUGUCCUUAUAGAAUAUCCAGCGAAUAUGUAAAAUGUGUGGCUUAUACAUUUAAUUAAAUUAGUAUAUGUAUGUAUGAUUCACAGUUUCACACAGAUUGCUAGUCAAUACAAAAAUAUAUAAAUCA